AUGAUAACAGAGCAACUUUCAAAACCGGUUCCCCUGAGUCACCGUACGGACAGAUUCUUCAACGAAACUUUGCAGAGUCUAUGUUUGAAAGAAGUAAUCGAGGAAGGUGAAAGGCGUGCCGAUGAGAUAUGUGGCCUAAACGGGCUGCCGCCUACAGGGUCGCGUUCAUCGCAAAGGGACGAUAUACCACCGUCGUUUGAAAGUACUCCAGCGUCCACAUCGUCUUCGGAAUCGUAUCAUCCACCUUGCUUGCGAAAUAGUUCUUCUAUCAUGCGAAGGCUGUCGUCACCCAAAAUGAUAUCCCGACGGUCGCUUCCAAUUUCCACGAAGAACUCUGGGAAACGUGAUGCGAUGCGAGAGUCACCAGACUUUGAAGAACAGCGUCGUAAUCGUCGAAAAACCUUAAGGAGCUCCGAUGUGAAGCCCGCGAGGGAGGAGCAGCAUUUAUCGCAGGUGCACGAUUUGGACAAUGGUCCCGUUGUUGAAAAUAAAGCCGAAUUGCCAUCUCUCAGUCACGAUGCUCAGGAUGAAAAGGCAGGCGAAGUUGUUCCAGCUGGUGCUACUAUUAUUAGUAAACGAGGUGAGAAACGAAAUGUCCGCAAAAGCCUUGACACAUCUGCACAGAAGAAGCGAUCUCUGUCAAAGGGUACAUUAAGAAGAUCUCGAGCGCUUCGCAGAUCUGAUACAAGAGCUGCGUUCAGUGGAACUGAAUCGCCUUCUCCAAAACGUCACAGAAGUGCGCAAACACUUGGUACGGAGCUGAGGCUUUUGAAGUCGUUGAAUCUGAAAAACGCCAACAAGGACUUCAAACAUCGGUGGGGCAUUUCAUAG